GAAAAAAAGAAAGAAGAGCCUCGUUUGCAGAUCAGGAAGAGAGUGAAGAGGAGAAGAGGAGGAGAAGACAGCAUGGAUGUGAUGUGUGUGAAUGUGAAGCAGCAGGGACACUCAGCACUACCAGGUGAGAGCGUGUGAUGGGACGAGGAGCUUGGUCAGAUUAAUAAUGUCCCUGGAAAGCUGACGCUCUACAAGUGGCAACAUGCUACGAGCUCAAAUCCCGUUCUCCUGCCUGGUUGUGUUCGUCUGCUGCUGUUUCGUCUGCUCCACCCGGGCUUCCUCCAAGAUAUCUUCGUAUGCCAAAACUCAGGACAGGCUGUUGUAUAAUCUCUUUAAAAAAUACCAGAAAUGGGUGCGACCAGUGGAAAAUCUGAAUGGGACAGUGAGGGUCAAAUUCGGAUUGGCCAUCUCUCAGCUGGUCGAUGUGGAUGAGAAGAAUCAGCUGAUGACCACCAACGUAUGGAUGAAGCAGGAAUGGGUCGACACAAAGCUGCGAUGGAACCCUAAGAACUACCAGGGUAUCACGUAUAUCAGAGUGCCAUCUGACUCCAUAUGGAUUCCAGACAUUGUGCUCUAUGACAAUGCAGAUGGGCAUUUUGAGGCCACGGCUACCAAAGCCGUAGUGAAGCAUGAUGGCACCAUCUCCUGGACACCACCUGCUAACUACAAAUCAGCCUGCACUAUUGAUGUCACCUUCUUCCCCUUUGACCUUCAGAACUGCUCCAUGAAGUUCAGCUCGUGGACCUACGACGGCUCACAGGUGGACAUACUCCUGGAGGACGUCCACGUGGACAAACGAGACUACUUUGACAACGGCGAAUGGGAGAUCGUGACAGCUACGGGAAGCCGUGGUUUGAGGAUGGACACGACAGGCUCCUAUCCUUUCAUCACUUACUCCUUCAUCAUCCGGCGUCUCCCUCUGUUUUACACGCUCUUCCUUAUCGUUCCCUGCAUCGGUCUGUCCUUCUUGACUGUGCUGGUUUUCUACCUGCCCUCGAACUGUGGAGAGAAAAUCUCUCUUUGUACUUCUGUUCUUGUCUCGCUCACUGUGUUUCUCCUGGUGAUAGAGGAGAUCAUCCCGUCCUCCUCUAAGGUCAUCCCGCUGAUUGGCGAGUAUCUAGUCUUCACCAUGAUCUUUGUCACACUCUCCAUCAUCAUCACGGUCUUUGCCAUCAACAUUCACCACCGCUCCUCAUCCACGCAUCACGACAUGGCACCCUGGGUGCGCCGGGUCUUCCUACACAGUCUCCCGAAGCUGCUUUGCAUGCGCAGCCAUGUGGACCGCUAUGCCACAACAGGAGGGAAUCAUCGAGCUGGAGGAACAGCAGCCCUAAACUGUAGGAAGAGCUCAAAACAAGACAGCAGCCUUCUGCUUAACUCAGCAGCACACAACCUUCAAGCAGCACUGGACUCUAUUCGAUACAUCACUCAGCAUGUGGUAAAGGAGAAUCAAGUCAGAGAGGUUGUUCAAGAUUGGAAGUUUGUGGCUCAAGUUCUAGACCGUGUCUUCCUCUGGGUCUUCUUGUCAGUAUCUGUACUUGGUUCUGCUCUGCUAUUUAUCCCUGUUAUUUACAAAUGGGCCAAAAUUAUUGUUCCAAAUUAUGGUGAUAACAGUAGCUAAGCUAGCACACGUACAAUGGAGUGUAUAGAGUUCUUAAUUUGUGGGGAAAAAAGCACAGGGAUUUAAAUAUUUUCUGUAUCCGUUAGGGCCGAUUGGUUGGAUGAUUGGUUUUUACACUGCCUUUCUUCACAAUGCAGCAAUCUACAGCAAAAUGCUAUCUGCUAUAAAAAAUAAUAGUGCUAUAAAUUUGAUAUAAUUACUAAGUUAUUAAAAACCUACUUGAAUGCACAGUUGAAAUUCUGCAGUAUAUAAAAAAACUGAAUGAUAUUUAUUUGUGUAUUUCUUUCUUGUGUUUGUUCUCAGACUAAUUUAAAGUAAUUAAAUGCUUUUAUAAUGUAUUUCCAUGUUCCUUUAUUGAAUAUCUCAAGAAUAAAAGUCAGCUGUGGUCACAUUGAGAGACUCAAUAUCUAAUUUCACUGUAAUAGACAUUAGCAUCCACGUGAUUAGGACUUAGAAAAGGGUAAUACUGAGAUAAAGAUUAAACACAGUAGGUAUUCCUGAGGCUUUAAAUAUUAAAGAGUGUAAUUAGACAGGACAUGGUGCAAAACUUCUGUUCAAGUCCAAAUUAAAAACAGGAAGAUGGU